AUGGACUUGCAGAGCCGCAGAGGCACAGGCACAAUUUUCACUCUUGAGAGGAGACUGCACAUGAUACAAGCAGAGCCGGAGGCACGGGUACAGGUUUCAUUUUUCAAUCUUGAGAAGCCAGCCACUCUUCCUUUAAGCCUUAAAGAUCACAUUGGGCCCCAAAAUCCUGUUGGCGUAGACAAUUUGACAACCCAGCCCAUAAGCCCACUCUUUUGUGGCCAAUCUCCGCCGUUAAUCUACUACAGUGUAGAAAUAGAAACACCAUACCCAGCAAUGCUGUCCCCUACUCCACUCUCUCUUUUUUGUGCUUUGCUCCUCUGUUUGCCUUUAGCCAUUGUCUUCACCGUCACCACCCCCACCUCCACCACUACUUCUACCACCGGCGGCGUCACAGUCACGAACUCCACUUACAGAGACACCCAUGCAAUUCAAGAACCCAAACCUCAAACGAAUCUCAAUAAUCAAAAAAUUAUAGCCAAAAUUAAAAUUAAACCUCUGGGUUCUCCACCGCCACCACUAAAAGAAGACGAUGAGCAAAUCCUCCAACUUGCAUCCCGGGUUGACCCGAAUCUGAGACUACCUGGAAAGUUAGCAUAUUUGUUCUUAACCACCACUCCUCUCCCUUUUGCGCCACUUUGGGAUCUCUACUUCAACCAAACCCCCAAAACCCUCUUCAACAUCUAUGUCCACGAAUACCCAAAAACCACCAACACCCCUCCGUUCACCGGCGUGUUCGCUGACCGAGCCAUUCCUUCGAAGCCCUCUAAACGCAACACUCCCACGCUUUCCUCCGCGGCGCGUCGAUUACUAGCGCACGCGCUUCUCGAUGACCCCUCGAAUGCAAUGUUUGCUUUACUUUCCCCGUCGUGCAUUCCGAUCCAUUCCUUUAACUUCACUUACAGAACGUUAAUGAACUCCACGAAGAGCUUUAUCGAGAUUCUGAAGAACGAGAAAAACGCGCACGGUAGAUGGGCGGCGCGCGGAGAGGAAGCGAUGCUCCCGGAAGUGACGUUGGAGGAAUUUCGAAUCGGGUCCCAGUUCUGGGUCCUGACACGUAAACACGCGAGGAUUGUCGUUGGUGAUAAGAGGCUUUGGCCCAAAUUUAAUCAACCGUGUUUGGAUAUACGCAAUUGUUAUCCGGAAGAGAAUUACUUUCCGACGCUUAUUCGCAUGGUGGAUCCACAGGGGAGCGUGCCGGCUACUCUGACGAACGUGGACUGGAGAGGGAGACGAGAUGGGCACCCUCGGGUGUACAACGCGUCAGAGGUUGAGCCUGGUUUGAUCAUGUCGCUCAGGAAGGGGAGGCCGAGGUAUGGUGAUGAUGGAACUAACGGCUCUGAUUCGUCCGUCACGCGACGGAGCCAUCCGUUCCUGUUUGCGAGAAAGUUCUCCCCCGACUCCGUUGUUCCUUUGUUGAGUAUAACAAACGUCAUAUUUAAGGAUUAG